CGACAGGCUGAAGAUAUCUAAAACAUAUCUAAAACAUUUUCCAGCCUAGACAACGUUAACUUUAGCUUGUUUAGCACUUUCUACAUCUGUAACGUCAACCUUACAACAUUUCUGCGGUAUUUUGUCCUUGUUGUAAGAUAAAUGGGUAUCUGCUGCUGUUAUAUUUCAACAACUUGUUAUUUCUGAGUUUUGUUUUUUAAGUUAGAAAUGACGGAUAUUUUGUUAACAGAGACCCUUUUACACGGCAGACAUUUUGACAUGCCAUGGUAGGGAAAGCACAGCUGUGUUUAAUAACAUCAGUGGUGGCUGCAUUCCACUUCGGGGAGGCGCUGACAUUGUUCAUGCUGGUUCGCUGGAACAACUCACUGGGACACUAAAUGGAACCAAGCCAUCAUUAAUGUUAUCAGCUUCCCCUGUGCUCUUCCUGCUUUGACAAUUAAAAGUGUCUGCUGUGGAAGAAGUCUAUUAAAUGACAACAUAUCUCAUGAGUAUGUCUCAAUCAUUGGCCUGCUGUCAGAGCUUCACUUCAGCUGCAGUCAUUUUUUUUAAAUUAAUAACAUGUAUGUCUGCUGAGCUGUACUGUGCAAGUGAAAUAGGCGAAAAUAAUGCAGGUCUUCAAGGCACCACGCUGGGGGGCAGCAAACCUUUACACCGCUUCAUGAAGGGGCAACCCAAGAUUACUGGUAUCGUCGUGCUGGUCUUGGGUUCGUCCCUCUUGAUUGUUACCAUCGCAAUCAGGCCAGAUGACUAUUUUCAGUUUGUAUCGACAGCCAUGCAAUCUGAACUCGUGCUGGGAGCAAUGUUGAUCGCAUGUGGGAUUCUGUAUAUUCUGACAGAGCACAACACAACCAAGAAAACCGUGACCAUAUCGUUGGCUCUGAGCAUUGUGACCGUACUGGUGACAUGCUUGACUCUCAUGUACAUAGUGCCCAGCAUUAUUGGCCACCACUUCUUCGGUGACGUUGAACUUGUUAUGGACAAUGUGACAGCGGCUGAUUUACCUCAGGAAUCAUAUCAGGUCAUGGGAAUAACAUUAGAACACAUCAUUCUGGUCUACGCAGUUGCAGCUGGACACAUUGUCCUUGUAAUGUCGUGUCUGGCUGGGGCUGCCCUGCGUUCUUCAACAAAUAGGGCUGUUGUAGUGAUGACUGCUACACCUGCUGAACCACCAGUUGAACAAAGAGCACAAGAGGAAGGCGUGAAGUGCGAUACUGUAAAUUGAGCAGAGAGAAGAAAUAUGAAGCAUACAAGGACGUCCAUGUAUCUGGAUGUGGGUACAACAGGAUGCAUCAUUCCCAAACACAGACUAUUUACAACCAGCAUUUUUGGGUUGUUGAAUACUAUACAAUACAGAUAAUAUGUAUGUAUGUAUUGCCUUGUAAUAUUUCUAUGAUAUAUUACUACUGCCGGUCUCACGUGAGCACUGUAUUUCCCUCUCUUGAACACCAGGCUCAAUUGGAUGUUGGCGACGAAUAUGAUAGGCAGUUAACUGCUACUUACUCUGCAGUCUGGCGUUGGCUGACCUGUCAGCACGUUGUAUUUGCACCACAGGACAAAGGUCUGAGUAAAACCAGUGUUCCUCUGAGAUAGUUUAAGAAAACUUGUGUGGGCUCAAAAACAUCCAGAUUAAUCAAAGGCAGACUUAAACAGAGAUAAGCUGACAGGUGCUGUUGUUACACUACCACGUUUGAUAAUGCACCCUGUAGUGAGGGCUCAUAAGUUGUUUUAUAAAAGAUUUGUAGAUUAUUUACUUAUACCUGAUUGUGCUGUUACAUACCAUUAAUAAGAAAAACUUUUGUUAUCCUUCACCAGCAUGGCAUUAUUUGCUUUGUAUUUUUAUCUGUAAUUCACCAGUAAACGACUCUAAUGGACAGUUUGUAUUUACUUCGGAAUUACAUAAACAGUUUUUUUCAGCAGUUUGUCUACUUACCUUUGGAAAAGUGUUGCAAAACAUCUGGACCAGAAUCCAGUAUAAGUGCAAAGUUAUUGUUUGUUAUAUAAAACUUAAUCACUAAUCAUUAAUUACAUAUUAACAUUUAUAACUCCAGAUGAGUUACAAGCUUGUGCUUAUAUGAGUGAGAAAUGUUGAUUCUGUAUUGAAACAUAUUCAUUUUUAGAACUACAGGCAUGUCGACUUAGUAGAAAGUGAGCAUUUAUUUUGUUUGGCAUUUAGAAGUGCAUUACUACCAAAUGGAAACACACAAAGCCGUGUUAAUCCUGAAACAUUUAAUGAGUGUUUUUUUAUUCCGACAACAGAGUGGCAACAUCUGAACAUGAAGAUGUAAUGUUAACAACUCCAACCAUAAACAUGUCACCUCCUGUAA